AUGAAACAAUAUAACGUAGAGGUGGCUCCACCUAAAAAUAUCCAUGAAACUGGUGAAAGAAGAAACGCAAAAGUCGCUAAGGCCCCAUUAGUUCGUCCCCUUGGAAUGAAAUGUAGUACCGUUUAUGAAUUUGUAGUUGAAUGUUUCAAUAAAAAUAAGAAUAAAUUAGCUAUGGGUUAUAGAUCAAUAAUAGAUAUACAUGAAGAGACAAAACUUAUAAAUAAGAAGGUCGGCGGUAAAACUGUUCAACAAGAAAAAAAAUGGCUAUAUUGGGAACUAUCACCCUAUAAAUAUGAAACUUGUAAAGAAGUACUUGAAAUAUUGCAUAACGUUGGCCGUGGGUUAGUCAAAAUUGGGUUGGUUCCUGAAAGUGAGGAUAAAUUACAUAUCUUUGCAUCCACCUCGCAUAAAUGGAUGAAAAUGUAUCUAGGUUCUCAAUCACAAUCUAUCCCAAUUGUAACUGCAUAUGACACUUUAGGUGAAAGUGGUUUGACUCACUCCAUUUGGCAGACCGAAUCAACUGCAAUUUUCACAGACAACAAUCUUUUAGUUAAACUGAUCAAUCCUUUAUCCAAUAUAGAAAGAACGGGGAAAAUCAAAUAUAUUAUUUAUAAUGAGAAGAUGGAUCCAAAUGACAAAAGAUUUGGAGGUAAAUUAUAUUCUGAAGCAAAGGAAGCCUUUGAUAAAAUAAAAAAUGUUAGACCUGAUAUCAAGUUUUACUCCUUCGAUGAAAUCGUUUCAAUUGGUAAAUCUGCUAUAAAUGAAAUUGAUCCUCAUCCACCAAAACCUGAUGAUUUGUCUUGUAUCAUGUAUACCUCAGGUUCUACUGGAGAUCCAAAGGGUGUCGUUCUUAAACAUUCAAAUAUUAUUGCUGGUGUAGCUGGUGUUUCUCACAACGUUGUAGAUGAUUUUGUCAAUAAAAACCACAGAGUCAUUGCAUUUUUACCUUUAGCUCACAUCUUUGAAUUGGUCUUUGAAUUAGUCGGGUUCUAUUGGGGUGCAGUUAUUGGUUAUGCAAAUGUUAAAACGAUAUCCUCCACCUCAGUACGCAACUGUAAAGGUGAUAUCCAAGAAUUUAGACCAACAUUGAUGGUCGGUGUUGCUGCCGUUUGGGAAACUAUUAGAAAAGGUAUUCUUCAACAAAUCAAUGCACUACCAAAGAUUACACAAAAGAUCUUUUGGACAGCUUAUUACACUAAAUUGAAGUUAAAUAAAUGGAACCUACCCGGCGGUAAUACAAUUGGUAAUAUAAUCUUCAAAAAAAUUAAACAAGCUACUGGUGGCCAACUGAAAUAUAUGUGCAAUGGUGGGUCCGCUUUAAGCCAUGAUGCUCAGGAAUUCUUGACUAAUGUGUUAUGCCCAAUGUUAGUCGGUUAUGGUUUAACUGAAACUGUUGCAUGUGCUGCUGUCUUGCCACCCGAACACUUUGAAUACGAUGUUGCAGGUGAUUUAACUGGUUCCAUUACAGCUAAGUUGGUAGACGUCGAUGAAUUGGGUUAUUAUGCAAAGAAUAAUCAAGGUGAAAUUUGGCUAAAGGGUGCACCUGUUCUUUCUGAAUACUAUAAGAACCCAGAAGAGACAAAUAGUGUCCUGACACCUGAUGGAUGGUUUAAGACUGGUGAUAUUGGGGAAUGGACUUCAAAGGGUCAACUGAAAAUUAUUGAUAGAAAGAAAAAUCUGGUGAAGACCUUAAAUGGUGAAUAUGUAGCACUGGAAAAAUUAGAGGCCAUUUACAGGUCAAACAAAUAUGUCCAAAAUAUUUGUGUCCAUGCUGAUCAAAAUCAAGUCAAACCAGUUGGUAUCAUUGUUCCUGUGUUCCCAGUAGUAUCAGAACUAGCUGUCCAAUUGGGCGUUAUGAAGCCAGAUGAGGAUUUAGAGGACCACGUUCACGAUAUAAGGUUAAGAAAUGCCAUUUUAGAUGAUAUGUUGCAAACAGGGAAGACACAAGGCUUGAACGGUAUUGAAUUGUUGCAAGGUAUUGCCAUCUCUGGUGAAGAAUGGACACCUGAAAAUGGCUUUGUGACCUCUGCACAAAAAUUGAAGAGGAAAGAUAUUUUAGCUGCUGUUAAAACUGAUGUUGAUUCUAUUUAUGGUAUUUCCAAAUAA